AUGAGCCCUCUCGAGGCUGAUGCAGAUCUCUCUACCCUCGUCUCGAUCCCCCCCUCUGAGGAUACUACUCUCACACUCGCGAACAAUCCCUUUGCAUCUGAUCUUGGAAACCUUGACAAGCGUUUGGAGCGCCUCUCUGACGAAGUCCUUCCGCCUCAACCUUAUAUCCUCACCCUCCCGACGAAUGCGCCUUUCCGCCUGGGGUCCCGUUCCGCGAACAAUUGGGCAGUAGGACAUGACCGCCCAUUUAGUGCAGAGGAGCAAGAACUUCAGUAUAUGACCUUCCUCCGGCACCACGAUACAGACUCAUUGCUUGUGGCCCUGGGCGAUUGGUCUGACGAGUCGGACCGCAUGAUGGCUGACCGGUCCUCGGCCCCGAGCGCAACAGAGAACCCGAAAGAGACGGUAGCGAGGAAGAAGAUUAGUCUCAAAGAUUACAAAGACCAGAAGACGACCGGGCCCGUCACGACCAUCGCGAGUCGCAGUCCAAGAAUGCGCGCCGGCUCCAACCCCAGAAACGAAGAAACUCAGCCAGCCCCCAAACCUGACUCUACAAAAACACGCGAUAAGCUCGACCCGCCUCCAACACCCAGUUCGCAGUCACAUCUGCUCACCUCUAAGGGCCCCAAGAAACGGCCCUCAACCUCUGACAUAGAACAACCUGGUUCUGAAAAAGCCCUCAAUCCCGGCAUGCACUCUCCCAAGAGACCGCGACUGUCUCUUGAGAAGGACGCGCGCGCGAAAGCUGUUUCGAACAAACCACAAUCUCCAAAACUACCCGCAUUACUAUCACCUACACUCCCUCCAACAAAGCUUAUGCCAUCCUCCACUCCUCUCGCAGCCAAGCUGCCACGGUUGCUAUCUCCCACACUACCACCGGAUCUCGAGAAAGAAUUGGCCAGAUUCGAGGAACGCUCGCCCGCUCGUCAAACACCCAAGCGUGACGUCGUACCCGGCAAAUUAAAGGCAGAUGAUGCAGCGCAUUCUCGAACCCCGAACUCCACGAACAGUGGCAGCAUUCCAAAUUUCCCAAGUCACCGCGCUGGAGCUUCAUUGAAAGAGCCACCUUCCUCAAAGCCACGUUGCAUUGUCAAACUGCGGUAUGGCAAGGCGAAUCGCCGCCGGGUCGAAGGCCUUCUCAAAUUUUCCGGUAAAAGGAAAUCAUCUCGAUCCGCUUCGCCGCCUGGUCAAGAUACGGAUCAUGAAGACGCAACCCAUCCUGGUAUGAAGAGAGAGAUCGGCUCAUCUCGAGUCACUGCUACAUCUGAUAGACCGAGAACAAGAGUCACACAUGAGCCCCCAGUACCGCUCGGUCCUACAGGUGGCAGUCUCAAGGAACGCAAAACGUCUGUCGAAAAGACUUACACACCAGCGUCUAAUACUUUCCCAUCUAAAACCGACAAAGUCAAGCCUACCAUAUUGACGCCAGUGAAGGACUCAAAAGCACUCGUUUCACACCGAGCUGACCCUUGGGAGGCUGGCGGCAAGACACCCGUGAAUCCGGCGAACAAACGGCACUCGGUUGAUCCGGGGUCGAAGGAAUCGCCUCCCCAGCCCGACAACCGACUCCGCAACAACGAGCGUCGAGCCUGGCGGGAUGAAUUCCAGAAAUUCAGCAAUACUGGCCGAGAAUUGAAACAUGCAUCCGAAAGGUCUAGGACCAAGAGCGGAGCCUCGGCCGCGGAUGAGAAGCUGGCCUUGGUGACUGCAAUCGAGGCCAUCAUGUGUUUCAUCCUUGCCUUUGUGGCCGACGAUCAAUCGAAAGCUCUCGUACGACAGGGCGGUGAUUCUUCUGCAUGGGUGUCCAUUCUGGCAUACUGGCGAGUGGUCCGCAAUUACAGCGCCCCUUAUCCCGUCCUUCACGGUCUCUGUCUUCUUUUGGGUGCAGUUUCGUAUGAUUCCAUACAUUCGCUCGAUCUCGAACGUCUUGCAGUUAGCCCCUUACCGGGCGAGCAUACACCAGUACCCACACCCGGCAGCGAUGGCAAUACCAUCCUAUCGGACGAGAACAAGAAAAGCCGCAAAGAAUUCCUUGAGCUCAGAAAUCGCCUUCUCGAGUGCCACCGAGAAUCGCAGAAGCUCUGGCUGGAGGGGACACGGGCUCUCUGCGAGGACGUUCUACAUCAGGAAUUUCCCAUCACCUGGUCUCAUCGGUCUCACAAUCAUGCAGAGCGAGGCAAAAUUCCUCUCAAAGCUGGAGACUACGCGGGUGAUUAUUUUGUUCCUCUUGGUGGCUCGACACCACCGAUCGAAGUGGUGCGUUUCGGCUAUUCAAUGCUCAAGGAGUGGUGCACGCAGCAAGAUGUGGAAUGGAAGCGGCGCUUGUCUCUUUAA